CGGCGCGCUAUUACUACGGCGGCGGCGUGGGGCGUGUUUUGGGCGGCCGGCGGCGGGCCGCCGCUCGGACGGAUGACAGGCCAGCGCGCGGCGCGUCGGGAGUCGGAGAGCGCACCACCGCCACCGCCGGCACAGCAUGGCCGCGGCCGAGCGACGGCGACCGGCCGGCCGCGCCGCCAGAGGUGACAUACUACUCAUAGCCAGCCUAGCCGUCCUUAUUUCAACGGUUUGUGGUCAGGAGGCAGCGUUGAACGCCCACCCGGCCUGUGUCAACUUUACCCGCGGUAACGAGGUGCUGAGGGAGUUUUACUCGCCCGGCUGGCCGGGCCGCUACCCCAAGAACGCCAACUGCACCCGCACGCUCACAGCUCCCGAGGGUCAGGUCAUCGAGAUUGACUUCCGGGACAAGUUUCAUCUGGAGCCUAGCCCCAAGUGCGAGAAUGACUACCUUUUGAUCCGGGACGGCAGGGAGGCCUACAGCCCGGCCAUCCGCCGGUCGUGCGGCAAGGCAUUCCCCCGGCUGGUCACCUCGUCCAGCCGACACCUGUGGCUCAGCUUUCAGUCCGACGAGACCAUCGAGUACGACGGCUUCAAGGCCGUGUACGCCUUCAAACCAGCUCAGGUUCAGCUGCAGCCGCCGAGGUGUCGUUUUGAGCUGACCGGACCGGAGGCCAUCAUCUCCACGGACAACAUAACGGAGGAGUCGGUGGCGUACGCCGAGCGGAACCGACUGCCGAUCGACUGCACCUGGCGGGUCACCGUCACUCCCGGAAAGGAGAUUCAGGUAUACUUCAAGCAGUUCUCGCUGGCCAAGCCCAAUGAGUGCGAGCUGAAUUUCGUGGAGAUUCUGAGCGGUCCCGAGCUGCUGCUGCGGCGCAAACAGCACUUCUGCAGCAGCAAGGCCGAGUCGGUCAAGAUGGGACAGGACAACGACGUCACGUUCCGGUUCUUCGCCGCCCGCUCGUCGCUGGUCAGCGCCAAGACCCGCAUCCUGGCCGUCAUCACCGAGAUGCGGCUGCGCUCCAGCGAAGAGCAGUGUCUGCCGACCGAGUUCGACUGCGACGACCUCUACUGCAUCAACCGCUCGCUGGUCUGCAAUGGCAACUUCAACUGCGACAAGCUGCUCGACGAGAAGGCCGAUUGCGACAGGACGAGCGAGCAGCACGCGCUGGCAUUCCUCACCACCAACUCCAACAUCGUCAUCAUGACCAUCGGCUGCGGCCUGCUCUUCGGCAUGUGCUUCUCCAUGUGCUGGAACUGCAUCCGCAAGCUCAGGCAGGACUUCAGAGAAAAGCAGUGUGUGGCUCUGUGCCGACAGGAGAGCGUCCGGCGGCCGCACGAUGACGGCGCGCUGCUCCGGCCCGGCCGCGGCCGGCUCGCCGCCGACCCCGGCUGUUACGUGCCCAGUGUCGAGCUGAAGGCAGAGUUUCUGCCGGCGCCGGCGCUCAACGGCAGCCUGGGCAGCGGCGUCGGCAUCGUCCGCGAGGAGACCGUCGACACCGACAUCGACACGGCCGAGGUGGCCAUCCAGACGCGGCCGCGCCUCGCCCGCGCCCCGGCCGUCUCGCGCUCCGCCUCGCGGACCUCGCGCGGCUCGCGGCACUCGCGGGACAGUGACGACAGCGACGGCUCGCCGCCGCCGCCGCCGCCACCGACGCGGAGCUGCCCGCACGGGCCGCCCAUCAGCCCGUUCCCUGAGGACCACUACCGCGGCGCGCCGCCACCGCCGCCGCCGCCGCCGGGCGGAGGCCCGCUGUACGGCGGCUCACUGCACUGUGACCUGCACCGGCCGCGGACACUGCCCAAGGCGCGCUCCGUGCACGCCGGGGUGGAGGUGCCGGGGAGAGGGGAGGGGGGCUGCUCGGGCCGCGCCACGCCGCGCCGGUACCGCGCAGAGGCCGUCAUCGAGAUGGGAACGCGGCCGCACAGUCUGCAGUCGGCCCGUUCCGCGCCAGACGUGGUGGUGAAAAUCUGACCCGGCGCCGGCUGACGGGUGCGGUGGUGCGGGGACAGGGUACAAUGCACACAGCGGGACGCGGAGCGGCAGACCGGCCGGUGGCUCCCUCUGGUACUGCGGUGGGGAUGUGGUGAGCCCUCUGGUGCCGUGUGGCGGUCCCUC